UUGCUAUGAUGGGAAUAGUGUAUUUGUAAUUAAGUUGCUCCUAGAGAAAUAUCUGCAACAUCCUUUUAUUUGAUGUUGUUGCAAGUAGAGCAGGGCUUUGAAAGAAUUUUAGCCCUCUUAAUGUUCCUAUAAGUACACAUUGCAAUUUUUAAAUUUGAGUUCUUAUCCCAGCAUAAGUUCAUUUUUUUGAACUAUAAAUAGAAUUUUGUUUGCCAUUAAAAAGAAUUCAAACUUUGUAUUCUGUAUGGUGCAUUAAAAAAAAAAAGCUAAAAAAAGCCAGGAUGCAUGAUACCCAGGCUUUUUUUCAUUUUCAUGAAAGCUACCUUCUGUAUAAACAUUUGUUGUAUCUGACUAUGCAAUGCAAGCUAGGUGCUAGACCAGCUGGUUAAAAAUAUGCUAAGUCAAGCUGUUCAUCGCUCAAACGACUGAAUUUGAUAUGAAAAGACGAAAAAAGAAAGGACAAAGAUUAAAACAUUCUAGAAGUGAAGCAAUGGAAGAAAAAUAGAGUAUUGAGGAUAAAGUAACGCUUGAAUGUGGUCACGUAUUAGAGAAGCCAGUAUCAAAUCAGGGAAGAAAGUAAAAUAGCCAACAUAUAUACUUCAAUGCUGUCAUCUUUCUUUGAUUUUUUCUGCUUUUUUAAAAUUAAAGUGCAUCUUUACUAGAUAAUUCCAGUGACUGUUUGAGCUUUCUUAACACUUUUGAAUUAAAAUUUUCAGUCUAUAUAUUAACUCUUUAAUUAGUUAGUUUUUAUUUGCAAAGAUAGCCUUAUUUCAUAGGUAAAUGUUGAAGUUAUUCGUCGUGGAACAUACCAUAUAUUACCUAAUGUAGCAAUUUGCUAAUUUAACACAGCUAAAUUUUCUAGCAUGCACAGAGUAGCACUUAAAUGACAAUAUUCUUUAAUUCUAAUUAUACUUUUUGCAAAUACAACUCUGAGACUGAUUUGUAAGCCUGUUAACAGAUUGUACUUAUAAAAAGGUAGUUACAUAUUAACAGGCUGUAGCCUAUUUCUCUAUAUAGGCAAGCUUCCUGCUGUGAACUUUAUUUGUAUUUUUUCAAUUAUCUCUUUUUAAACCAAACUUUUCCCUUUCCUAUUCUGAUGCUCAAAUCUGUUAACAUCUUAUCUCUUCCUGGUAGGAAUUUCAUUUUUUUGUCACCCAGAGGCGUGCUUUUCUAACUAGCUAAUUAAAUAAGCAAGUCAUAAUCAAUAGAGUUGCUAGUAUGACUAUCACAUUUAGAAAUAUUAGUCACUGAAAUAAUUCUGAAAAAAUGUCAUAUAAUAUAACAUUCCUUAAUAAUUUCCCCUGUGGUGGUAAUUGGUAAUACAUACAAAGAUCUCAGCAAAUCAUUACUAUUUGUUUACAUUGAAUUUGUACGGGUGAGUGUCUCUAUAGGCACCCAUGCAUGAUAGAGUAUAUCAUGUAGACACAAUAUUGAAUAUUUAUAUUCUCCAAAGGAGGUAUUUACAAUGUAACUACACUAUCAAAUGUAAUUAGAUUUUUUUUUUUUUUGCCUUUUCAACUCUUUGCAACUUUCAUUAAUAAAUAGGUCAUUUCUAUUGACUGUUAGUUUUUAUUCUGUUGGGUCCCUUGCUAAAGAUGAAUUUUCCACCCAGACUUAGAAAUCGAAAAGACGACUUCUAAUUUUCUUUAUGAAACAGAGAACUUUGAUCUAGAGGACACAAUAAGUUGCUUGGGGUGCAUGUACUGUAAAAGUUUUAUGUGAUAAUUUUUACUAAUUUCAUUGGUAGAAACUUGUCCAUCUUUUAUUCUUUCCAGCCUGUAGACUAUUUGAACUUUUAGGAAUAUUCAAAACUUAAAUAUCAGGAUCAAAAUUUGGGUUUAGAUUUCUAUAUGUCUAUAUUAUCAUCCAUAGAAAUGAACGUGGUCAGUACUCUCAGACUAAUAAACAGUUGUUAAAUAGUUAAGAAGUAGUAACAAUUUCAUUGUCUGUUAAAAAUAUGCAGGUGGUAAUGCAGAUAGAGCAGUGAUUCUGAACAGUAAAAAACUUGAAAUACAUUUAUUUUCAAGCAUCCCUAUGAUAAGUUGAUUAUGAUUACUGAAAAACACACUUCCUAGGUGGGAAGUAAAUGAGCAUAUACGUUCUAAAAAAUUAUUUGCAAGGGAAGUCUUCUACAUCCUACUGUUUAGAGGAAAUGUAGCUGACACCAUGGUCUAAAUGGGAGUAAAUAGCAUCAUUAGAAUGAAUGCUCAAACUCUCCCCAAAUUUAUAAAAGAAGUCAAUGAAUUUAUAUAUUUAACUGAAAGUAAAUAAUGACAAAUUGUGGCUUAAGGUUUUCCUUUGAAAAUGUCACCUUCUUUUGGAUAUUCUAAGGAUGAAAAGAAAAUAUUUACCUUAAAUGUCAAUAUUAGUUUGUUCGUGAUAAGAUAGCCAUUUUUGAUAUUUUCUCAAUAACAUUUAAUUCUACUUCUUUCCUUUUUAUUUAUAUCUGUCCUCUUUGGUUGUAAUUUAAUAGUUUUGUCUCUAAGCUAUUUGUUACAGUUUCUAAUUGCUUUAUGUUAGAAACUUAAAUAGCAAGUGUAAAAUGAUUGCUUCAGAAGACAGUUCUGAUAAUGUCUAGAAAGGAGAAAAAAAGUUGAGAUUGAAAGUAAUGGAAUUAUGCAAAUUAAGUUGUUCGUAUCACCUAUUUGAUUGCUUCUCCCAAACUGGUACAGACAACAGGCAGCAGAUUUUCUAGAUGUUGAAAGGAACACUACAAUAGUAAAACCUUCUGCAAUAAAAUUUAACUUAUUUACUUCAUAUUUCCAUCAAAUUUAUUUCUGGUCAUACUGACUAAAUCAAUAUAUAUAUUUUUUCUUAUUAGCAAACUUGUCAGCUUUUUUCUGAAGAAAGAAAUAUACAUCAGGUGCUGUUACAAACUAAUUCAUAAAAUUCCCAUGAAAAGCUACUACUAGAGGUUUGCAAAAAAACUACUCUCUGAUAUUAAUGGUACUUUAAUUACCUAAAGUUUGACCAUAGUAAAGAAGUAUUUAUUACGCAGACAGAUAUAUUUUGCUUAAUUAAAACCUUUAAAAAAAAAAAAAAACAUUGUGCUUGUGAAUGAUAAGUACAUUCAGGUUAGUAGACACACUGUAGGUGUGAAUCACAGAAAAGUUACAUUCUGUCACCUAAUGGCAACUGUAAACCUAUAAGUUUGAUAUUAUGUUUUCAAGAUGUUCUAAUAGCCUCAAAUAAUUUUAUUUUUUAUUUACUACUACUUUGUAGAGGAGAUGGUAUCUACAACUGAGUAUAGAUUUUAAUUACCAUGUCAAUAAUUUGCAAGCUAACUGAGCUAAGACAUUGGUUUGGAAUGCAGCUUGCAUAAGGCAAUUCAUAAACCACGUUUCUAUCACACUCAUGCUGGAAUAUUGUCCUGAAGACUUGGCAGGAGACCUGACUGAUUACCAAGAACAAUUAAGGGUUAAAUGUCAGGUGACAUUGUGAACCGCUCAGUUUUUAGCAGGUUUGAUAGACAUAGAAAUGUGCAAAUAUUAUGAUUACUUCACAUAUUGGUGUGUUCUUAUCUUAUAUUUCUCAAAUAUAAUAAGUACAUGUUAAAGUAUUUACCUGUACUUAGGGAGCUUUUGGCAAAAAUCUGUAUGUGCAUCAUACAUGAGAGGCAAAUAAUAAGACCUGUUCUGAUUCUUUAGCACAUUAGCCCUCCACAGAGUUGGAAACUAUUUCAUAUGGAUUAUACUCAUAAUAAAUUUAGAAAACAAAAUUACAUUCAUGGGUAAAGGCUGAUUUUUAUUGUCUGUUUUCUUUCCACUAUCAAUUCUUCAGCAACCUAAUGAGUACAUUGUAUAACGCAGAUGUGCAUUAUGUAGGCUGAAUACUUCCCUUUUUAUAGAUAAGCUAAAUAAGUUUAACAGAUGAAUUUUGUUUUCUUUCAUAAUUUGUUACUCAUUUUUUAUUUCAAUGAGGUUAUCCAACAGCCUGGGAAAGAAACUAAUCUAAGUUUUUCUCUUGUGCUAACUCACGUAUAGUUACAAUAUGCCAGGUCUCUGAUUCAGACGAUGGCAGUAAAAUAAAAAGAUUUUCAAAGAUUUAGCCAAAGCAUGAAAUAUCUCCUUCCUAAUGGAAAAUUUUCUUGAAUAAUAAAUGGACAAAAACAUAAAAUCUUCCUUACUUCCUUCUCUCUCUCCUUCCUUCAUUCUCUCUUUCCUUCUCUUUCAUUGAUUGAUAGCAUUGUCGUUUGUAUUAAAUGUAAAAUUUGAUUGCUAUGUAGAUAAACAGGAUCAAGUUGUUAGUAUCAACUAUUUUAUUGCUAGAGAGUGAAAAAAUUUAAAUUUGACAUGCUUUAGGAGAAUGCCACAUUUUCCUUCAUUAUGAUUAGGAACUGAUAGUAGUUCAGGAGAAGACCUUUUUAUUCUUUCUGACUUCUAUGUUUUCUCCUGCAGUUUGGAAGCUGUUUUUUCUUUCCUUUAGUGUUAUCUAUUCUUUUCUUUACUUACUGAGAGUUCAUACAUCUUCUAUGGAGAUAUUGUGGCAUAUGGUUUUGCUUGUCCAAUAGGGGGGUGUUGCAUUUCUCCACAUUCAGUAUCCUUUUCCCUUGGAGCCUGAGAGUAAAACCUCAGCAGUACUCCCUCCCUUUGCCAGCCUGAGGAGUCAGAGACUCAAAGUUGUUCCCAGCUCUUGCGCCUUCAUUGUAGAGCUGCAUUCUGCUCAGUGGGCUGCCGAGAAGGACCAGACCGAAACAAGAUUUAGAAGAAUUCUGGAUGUCUUCCAAGCGACCAGCCUCUCCGUAUGGGGAAGCAGAUGGAGAGGUAGCCAUGGUGACAAGCAGACAGAAAGUGGAAGAAGAGGAGAGUGACGGGCUCCCAGCCUUUCACCUUCCCUUGCAUGUGAGUUUUCCCAACAAGCCUCACUCUGAGGAAUUUCAACCAGUUUCUCUGCUGACGCAAGAGACUUGUGGCCAUAGGACUCCCACUUCUCAGCACAAUACAAUGGAAGUUGAUGGCAAUAAAGUUAUGUCUUCAUUUGCCCCACACAACUCAUCUACCUCACCUCAGAAGGCAGAAGAAGGUGGGCGACAGAGUGGCGAGUCCUUGUCUAGUACAGCCCUGGGAACUCCUGAACGGCGCAAAGGCAGUUUAGCUGAUGUUGUUGACACCUUGAAGCAGAGGAAAAUGGAAGAGCUCAUCAAAAACGAGCCGGAAGAAACCCCCAGUAUUGAAAAGCUACUCUCAAAGGACUGGAAAGACAAGCUUCUUGCAAUGGGAUCGGGGAACUUUGGCGAAAUAAAAGGGACUCCCGAGAGCUUAGCUGAGAAAGAAAGGCAACUCAUGGGUAUGAUCAACCAGCUGACCAGUCUGCGAGAGCAGCUCUUGGCUGCCCACGAUGAGCAGAAGAAACUAGCUGCCUCUCAGAUUGAGAAACAGCGUCAGCAAAUGGAGCUUGCCAAGCAGCAGCAAGAACAGAUUGCAAGACAACAGCAGCAGCUUCUGCAGCAACAACACAAAAUCAAUUUGCUCCAGCAACAGAUCCAGCAGGUUCAAGGUCAGCUGCCGCCAUUAAUGAUUCCCGUAUUCCCUCCUGAUCAACGGACACUGGCUGCAGCUGCCCAGCAAGGAUUCCUCCUCCCUCCAGGCUUCAGCUAUAAGGCUGGAUGUAGUGACCCUUACCCUGUUCAGCUGAUCCCAACUACCAUGGCAGCUGCUGCCGCAGCAACACCAGGCUUAGGCCCACUCCAACUGCAGCAGUUAUAUGCUGCCCAGCUAGCUGCAAUGCAGGUAUCUCCAGGAGGGAAGCUGCCAGGCAUACCCCAAGGCAACCUUGGUGCUGCUGUAUCUCCUACCAGCAUUCACACAGACAAGAGCACAAACAGCCCACCACCCAAAAGCAAGGAUGAAGUGGCACAGCCACUGAACCUAUCAGCUAAACCCAAGACCUCUGAUGGCAAAUCACCCACAUCACCCACCUCUCCCCAUAUGCCAGCUCUGAGAAUAAACAGUGGGGCAGGCCCCCUCAAAGCCUCUGUCCCAGCAGCGUUAGCUAGUCCUUCAGCCAGAGUUAGCACAAUAGGUUACUUAAAUGACCACGAUGCUGUCACCAAGGCAAUCCAAGAAGCUCGGCAAAUGAAGGAACAACUUAGACGGGAACAACAGGUGCUUGAUGGGAAGGUGGCUGUUGUGAAUAGUCUGGGUCUCAAUAACUGCCGAACAGAAAAGGAAAAAACAACACUGGAGAGUCUGACUCAGCAACUGGCAGUUAAACAGAAUGAAGAAGGAAAAUUUAGCCAUGCAAUGAUGGAUUUCAAUCUGAGUGGAGAUUCUGAUGGAAGUGCUGGAGUCUCAGAGUCAAGAAUUUAUAGGGAAUCCAGAGGGCGUGGUAGCAAUGAACCCCACAUAAAGCGUCCAAUGAAUGCCUUCAUGGUGUGGGCUAAAGAUGAGCGGAGAAAGAUCCUUCAAGCCUUUCCUGACAUGCACAACUCCAACAUCAGCAAGAUAUUGGGAUCUCGCUGGAAAGCUAUGACAAACCUAGAGAAACAGCCAUAUUAUGAGGAGCAAGCCCGUCUCAGCAAGCAGCACCUGGAGAAGUACCCUGACUAUAAGUACAAGCCCAGGCCAAAGCGCACCUGCCUUGUGGAUGGCAAAAAGCUGCGCAUUGGUGAAUACAAGGCAAUCAUGCGCAACAGGCGGCAGGAGAUGCGGCAGUACUUCAAUGUUGGGCAACAAGCACAGAUCCCCAUUGCCACUGCUGGUGUUGUGUAUCCUGGAGCCAUCGCCAUGGCUGGAAUGCCCUCCCCUCACCUGCCCUCAGAGCACUCAAGCGUGUCUAGCAGCCCAGAGCCUGGGAUGCCUGUUAUCCAGAGCACUUACGGUGUGAAAGGAGAGGAGCCACAUAUCAAAGAGGAGAUGCAGGCCGAGGACAUCAAUGGAGAAAUUUAUGAUGAGUACGACGAGGAAGAGGAUGAUCCAGAUGUAGAUUAUGGGAGUGACAGUGAAAACCAUAUUGCAGGACAAGCCAACUGAUAAGGGUCAAAAGAUUGUUGUGACCUUAGGACUUAAAGAAGCCCUAACUGGUUCAUCCUUACCAGUGGCCAAGCACAUUAACUUUCUCAUACACUGACUGUUACUUUAACUGUUAGUCUUAAAUAGUUGGGACAUCAGCUGACUAAUAGACCUCAGCCUCAAAAGGCUUGGAAAGAAAAAAAAAUACAACAAGCAGACAACAAUAUCAACAACAAGAGAUUGAAAUAAGCUAUGGGUAAAAUAAUGCCAGUAAUUCAGCUGCUACAUCCAAGCACUGAAGUCUUACCCGUCAACUUUUUUUUUUUUAAUAAACUUUAUGGCUGUUUGUUCUACAAUGUUCUAGAAAUUCUCACUCAGGUACACAGUGCCAACAAGUGGCUUGUGAAUGUGUUUUGUUGUUUUGUGCUACAAUUUUUAAAAAGAAAUAAGUUUUGUUUUGUUUUUGGGGGGUUCUGGGUUUUUUCCUUUUCUUUUUCUUUUCUUUCAUUUUUUUUCUUUGUAAUGCACCUGACAGAAAAAAAAAAAAAGAAAAAUGAAUUUCUCUUUACUUCUCUCCACCUUCUCCAUCUCUAUACUUUAAAGAUGGAAGUCUGUGCAUGAGGGGGAAGAGGGAAAAAGAGCCUGUUUUUAACUUACUUGCUAUCCACCACAAAUUAAGCAAUUAUUUUCUUUAGAGGACUUUCUUUAUCUGUUGCACACCACACUACAUCUUUGAGCAAGUGCCAAAUUUGUACUGAAGUGUUGACCAAGUUCAUUUUUUCCCUUUCCUUUUUCCUGUUCCUUCUUAAGUUAGGACAGUGUUAUAUCUUAGACAAUCCCUUAGAAAACCUGAAAUACCAGCAGCUGGUGAGAUUUGACUUUUUUUUUUUUAAUGGAAACUGUAGGUGCUGUUCUCAGGUGAAAAGAGAGAGAGACAUAAGAAAUUUAGAGAAAAAUAUUUUCUGAUCUUGGAUUUUUGUGUGUAUGUAUGUGUGUGAUUAUGGUACUAAUAGGAAUAACGUUGGACCAUUGUGAGUUAAACCCACAUCUGGGGAUGAAAUCCCACAUCCUCCCAAGUGACUGGUCUAGAAAUAAUCUUGACCUUGACUUUGCACUUCAAAUGACAACUUAACCAAGUAUAGGGCUCAGAAAUUAUAUUUUUAAAUGUCUAAUAUGAUUAUUAUUGGAUGGAUCAGGUGGCCCUGUGUAAUAGAGGUGUGCAUGUAUAACAUGGAAGCUACUAGCAAACUGUUCCCAGAUGUCCUUUCUCCCUGGUCAGUUGGUUCUAUUAAUGUUUGCUACUUAGUGAUUUUUGUUUUUCCUGUUGAUAUUUCAAGCAAAACAAUCAUUGUUUUCAUUGAAUAUAUUUGGCCAUUUUUCAGAUGAAUAGAAUUAGCUUAUUUCUUCAACAUUCCAUCCUUUCCUGAUCAGGAAAUGAAACUGAUGAUUUUAUAAGGUAUUUUUCACCCCUCCAUGAAAUGAGGUGGAGGCCUUUAGCAUUUCAGAAGUGUGGGCCAUGUGUAGUUCAUGCCAUAAAAAGUAGUAUUUAAUUAAAAGUCAUUGCAGCCCAGCAAAAUGGAGCCUGGCUGCACCCAGGGAUCCUUGCCACUGCUCUUCCCUUGCUGUCAGAUGAAUCCACUGAAGUCCAUCUUUGGUUCGAGCAGAGUAUUUGUGAAGAGCAACAACUGAAUGUGAUGGGACUGCUUAUGUAGACUUUUCCAGCCAAAUGCCAAGGCAGUUGUAGGGCCUGUACAAAUAAAUGCAAAAUCAUUUCAAGUCAAUUGCCAUUAUUUGUAUUGAAGUAUCAGAUAGUAAAUACUGCAACUAGUAGCUCAAUGUGCUAUAGUUUUCACUCCAGUCAUCAUUUUCCUAUUCCACCCCCACUAAACACCACCCUAAAGUUGGAUUUUUCAUAUAAAUAAAAAAAAGAAUUUCUUUUAUUUUUCUCUCUCUCAAAAGACUUGCUCUGGGGUUUUGCUUGGAGGAGCUGAUCAUAUCCUGCAUGUCAGAGAUUUCGUUAUGUUUGUUUUUCCUGUUUUUGAUGACUUUAUUUUCAUUUGAACUGCCUCUUUUUGCUAGUGUUGUAAUAAUGAUGAUGAUGAUAAAAUAAUAAUAAUAGUAAUAAUAAUAAUGGUCAGCUGUUCCCAGAUUAGUAAGUUAUGUAUAAUUUAUUUUAUUUCUCCCCUUCUAUUUUAUUCUGCUCCGAUUUGGAAGUGCAGCCAAUAAGCUGUUAGAUAUUUAAAACAAAUUUCCAUCUCCAAUUCAUAUAUGUAUGUAUAUGUAUAUAUAUGUGUGUGUGCAUAUAUAUAUAUACACAUACAUACACACAUACACACACACACACAUUUACCCACACAAUUUUACUUCUCCUUCCAUAAGUUUUCUCCUUUUUAAGAAUUUUGGCCCCAACAAUAUCUGUUCUGAUGUUUAAAACAAAGGAGUGAAUUCAUAGGAGGGUCGUGUUCAAUCUUAACUAACUUAUGCUCUCAUCACUCAUUUUAGUUAUUUAAUUGCCACAGUCAUCUAGAGCCAAUUUUUGUUUUUGUUUUUGUUUUGUUUUUAAGCACUCUGGAUAAGGAAAAACUAGACACUUGUUUUUAUAUCAUUAUUAUGUACAAUGUGAAAACAGAUUUUUAAAAAAUUUGUUCUCUGUCUUUGUUAACAAAUUCCUUCUGAUUUAUGUGGGUUCACCUCUCACGUUUGCUGGAUACUUACUUCACACCAUGUUAUAAAAGAUGCUUUGUUUUCAUUUCAUGACUUUGGGCUACAAGAAUACUUUGUUUUAGCUCCAGGUAGAUGCCAUUGAAGGCAUUCAUGGCUGAAACCAAUAACACACCAGUGAAUUGACAACGAUUCUGUUUAGUCUUUUUUUGUUUUACUUUGUUUUAUUUGAAGGGAAAACAAAAUUGUUAAUGGUGACUUUUAACUGCUAAAAUUCAAAAGUUAAUCUUAGCUAGGUUUAUGUCUGAGACUAAACUGUGCAUGAACUGAAACAAAAAGCAGGCUCAUAGCCCUGCAUUCUGUUCUCUUGUUCUGAUGGUUAAUUCACUGGAUAUCAAAUUUUCUUUGCCCUAGUUUUCCCCGUUACAAAAGCAAAAAUAGUUGUAUUAAUGUUGAAAGUGCUAUGAAAUCACUUGGCAAAAGGUGCUAUGAAUAGCAACUUACUGUUACUACAUUGCCUUUUUGGCAUUUGGUUGAUUUAUAGUUUUGGUCAAGGAUCCUAAAACCCUGUAUUCUUUUUCUAUGCCCCAUAAUGACCAAAAAAGAUAAAGAAAAUGAGAGUAAGAUCAAAAGAUCAAACUAAAACACAGUCCCCUCCUCUCUGCUUUCUUACCUACCUGUUCACACUUUAUCUCUUUGCCCUUCUCUCUCUCUCUCUCUCUCUCUCACACACACACACACACACACACACACACACAAAACUUACCCCAACACUGAGAAAUAAUCUUGCCAGAAUUCCGGUUUUUAUAGUUGUAAUCAGUUUCUCUAAAAAAAGUCAUGUUUUUGUAUGAAUUUAAGAGAACAUCACUGAAGAAAAUAAAGUUACUCAUUUGUGAUUACUAAUAAUAACUUAGUGAUUAAGUUACUACAAUUGGAUAAAAUAUAAAACUAUUCUUCAGUACAUUUGUACCUAAAUUAGUUAAGUCCAUUUUUAAAGUUCAUUUGGCAUCUGCAGUUAAGAGUUAACCAUGUAUAAAAUCCCUCCCAAAGAACAUAAUCAUCAUUGUUAAAACCAAAUCCUCUUAUAAAGAACAAAUAUAAAAAGUUUUCUUUGGUGAAACUAUUUUAUAGUUUUGAUUUCUGGAGUAGAAGUUUACCUUAAUUCAUUUAGAGAAAAUUAACCAUUUUACGGUCCAACUUCAGAUAUUUUCUUAAUCCAGAAGCUGUGACUGUUCCCAGAAGAAACCUCUUAUAUCACAUUUAAACCAUAAAAAAUAAUUACACUUUCAUUCAUUCUAAUGGGUAAAUUAUUGAAUUGUAAUAAACAACUGUAUAUUUACAAACAGGUUUAUAAGAUAUUUGUCUAUCAAAUUAAUAGUAAAAUAAAACUUACGGGGUCUGCAAGGAAAACUAUGAAGGCCACUUAAAGUGGUUCAGGUAUCUCUUUGUCUUGUAGGGCAUAGCUGUUGGUUUAGCCAGGCUUUUCAAGUAUUUAAUUUUAAAGUUUCCUGUAACUAUCAACUUCCCAGGUUGAAGAUGAUGUGCUGAGUUUCCUACUGAUCGAUUCCUGUCCUCCCCAGUGUUUCUGUCACUGGUUCACUAAAACAGUAUUUAUAUAGCUCCACUGGCUCUAAAGCUCUUAGUCCUUCUAACAUUUUGAAUUUUACAAGUAGAAAUGGAAAAAAAUGUAGAAAAGAGACAAUCAAAUGCCUGGAGCUUAAAACAAAGUAUGUGCAACCUACCAUCUCACUUGAAAUUUAAUAAAAUAAAUAAUUAUGUAAAUAUAACAUAGAGUUAUAGAUUUAUAUUUUGUUCAUAACACAUAGUGUAAUAUAAGUUGUAUAUUUUCAUGUUUUUGGUUUUAUGUUAUCAUUCAUGCCACAAUAAAAAUAAAACAGGAGAUUAUGUGCUCUUAAAAAAAAGAUGUGGGUUGCCACCAACCUGUUUUUCGUUUUUUUAUUUUAUUUUAUUUUAUUUUAUUUUUUUGCAUUCUCCUUUUUCAGUAUUACUGCCAUGCAAGGCACCAAUAAAAACAGCAGAUGUGUUCUUUACCUAUUAUACUGUGUUUCUUUUCACAAUUAUUGUUAUGAGGGUGUAAUUCUUAGUUUUGUUAUGAAAAGAACAAAAGUAUGGAAAUUUAAUCUUGUUUUUUAUAUAACUAACCCCACUUACUGACUUUGAGAACUAAAGGUUUAAUUUUUAGUUGUGGACAUUCCCAGAAAGACAGUCAGAACUUAAUAUGAUGCAUCUCACUCAGACCGAUCUAGCUUCACUAUACUGUCAAAAGAUACUCUUCUUAUAUGUAAUUGACUCAAUACAAUUGAAAACUCAACAGUCUAAA